AUGUCGGAGAAGCCAGAGGGUCUCCCCGAGAUGGAAUACCGGUUCCUUGGCCGGUCUGGCCUCCAGGUCUCGGCCAUUUCCCUGGGCGGCUGGCUUACCUACGGCGGGCAUGUAGAUAGAGAGGGCACUUUUGCUUGCAUGAAGGCCGCAUAUGACGCGGGAGUCAACUUUUUUGACUGCGCCGAAGAAUAUACUCAGGGCGAAUCAGAGAAGGUCAUGGGCGAGGCCGUCAAGAAGUUCGGCUGGAACCGCAAUGACCUCGUGAUCUCUACUAAGCUGUACUGGGGCGCUGCCUUCGGCAAGAACAAGGCCAACAACGUUGGGCUAUCACGGAAACAUGUGCUCGAGGGGAUGGACCAGUCGUUGGAGCGACUCCAGCUUCCGUACGUGGACCUUGUCUACGCCCAUCGGCCAGACCGGCGUACGCCAAUGGAGGAGACGGUCCGAGCAUUCAAUCACCUCAUCAGCACGGGCAAGGCGCUGUACUGGGGCACGUCGGAGUGGAAUGCCGACGAGAUUGCCCAGGCGUGGCGGUACGCCGACAAGCUGGGACUGAUUGGACCUCUGAUGGAGCAGCCCAAGUACAACAUGCUCGAGCGGACGAAGGUGGAGAGCGAGUAUGCGCACCUUUACCGCGAGACGGGGCUGGGCUUGACCGUCUUCUCACCCAUGGGGCAGGGCAUCCUGUCGGGGAAGUACAAGGACGGAGUCCCCGAUGACUCGCGGUUUGCGCAGACCCAGGUUGAGUUCAUCAAGGGCCAUUGGCAGCGGACCGGCAAGGACUCGUGGCAGACUACCAUCGACCAGGUCAACAAGCUCGAGCCCAUUGCCCAGAAGCUCGGCAUCAAGAUGAGCGUGCUGGCUAUUGCCUGGGUCCUGAGCAACCCGAAUGUCAGCUCGGCCAUCACCGGCGCGAGUAGCCCCGCCCAGGUGUACGAGAACGUGCAGGCAGUUGCGGCAUACAAGAAGUUGACGCCGGAAAUACUGAGCGAGAUUGACGAAUUGCUGGAACAUGAGCAUGCUUUCCAGGACGGACAUGGGCGGAGUUUCCGGCAUCCGAGCGCGCGGAAGAAGGGAAGCAACGCGGUUCCCGAGGAGAACGGCACCAGUACCUCCAAGACAGAGCAGCAAGAGAUCGAGACCAAGUAUCGCGACUUCUUCUGGACAUACACCGAGGAGCCACACAGGACAAGGCGCCUUGCCAUAAUCAAGGCUCACCCGGAGGUCACCAAGCUUUGCGGCCCCGAGCCCUUGACCAAAUAUGUCGUCCUCGGCGUUGUUUCGUUACAAGUCCUCCUUGCAUACCUGCUACGCGACACCUCCUUCUGGUCGUGGAAGUUCUGGGCCGUCGCCUACGUCUUUGGCGCAACCUGCAACCAGAACCUCUUCCUCGCGAUCCACGAGAUCUCGCACAACCUAGCCUUCCGCUCGCCCCUCGCGAACCGGCUGCUUGCCAUUUUUGCGAACCUGCCAAUUGGCGUGCCCUAUAGUGCCUCGUUCAGGCCGUACCACCUCACACACCACAAAUCCCUUGGGGUCGACGGGCUCGACACGGACCUCCCGACGGCCUUUGAGGCCCUCUUCCUCGACUCCAUCCUCGGCAAAGCCUUCUUCUGCACCUUCCAGAUCUUCUUCUACGCCGUCCGGCCCAUGGCCGUCUACCGCGUGCCCUUCACCGGGGUGCACUACCUCAACCUGGCUGUGCAGCUGGGCUUCGACUACCUCGUCGUCUUCCACCUGGGGGGCGCCAACUCGCUCCUCUACCUCCUCCUGUCCUCCUUCCUGGCCGGCUCGCUGCACCCGCUGGCCGGGCACUUCAUCGCCGAGCACUACGUGUACGAGACGGUCCCCGCCGAGGCGCGCGACCCGGCCAAGGGCGUGCCCGUCCCCGAGACGUUCAGCUACUACGGCCCGCUCAACCUGCUGACCUACAACGUGGGCCUGCACAACGAGCACCACGACUUCCCCGCCGUGCCGUGGACGCGCCUGCCCGCGCUGCACCGCAUCGCCGGCGAGUUCUACCGCGACCUGCCGCAGCACCGUAGCUGGACCUACGCGCUCUGGCGGUUCAUCUGGGACGACCAGGUCGGUAUCACGUGCCGCGUCAAGAGGAAGAAUGGCGGGAGGGUGGUCGGCGGCGGGAGCAAGUCCGCUGCUCCCAAGGUGGCGGAGUGGAGGGAGGAUGAGAUUGAGGCUUGA